AUGAUCCAUUUCGGUCUUCAGCCGCACAGGCGUAAUUGUUCUCCUUUCUCUCAUGGUCAUCCUGGAAGUAUUCGCACCCUGGUCAGACAAAAGCACCAAGAGAAAGUCCUUGUGAUAGUUGAGGAUUAUGCUACUCUUUAUAAGGGGUUCUUCAAUUUUACUUCUAGGAGGCUACGGCAUUUGUUGCAAAUUUUGGAGCUUGGCUAUAGUGUGAUGUAUAAUGAUGUUGAUAUGGUGUGGUUCGGAGACCCCUUUUGCUAUCUUGAAGGAAAUCAUGACGUUUACUUCUCUGAUGACAUGGCUGCGGUGAAGCCUCUGAACCGUCCCCAUGAUUUGCCACCUCCAGGAAAAAGGGGUCGCACUUAUAUAUGCAGUUGCGUGAUUUUCCUGCGUCCGACGGAUGGAGCAAAACUAGUUAUGAAGAAAUGGACUGAGGAGCUUCAAGCUCAGCCAUGGUCCAAAGCAAAGAAAGCUAACGAUCAACCUGCUUUUAACUGGGCACUAAACAAAACUGCUGGAUUGAUGGAUUUAUAACUGCCCCAGACAGAAUUCCCAACGGGAGGAUUAUACUUCAAGAACCAGACAUGGGUGCAGCAAGAGCAAACCAAGGGGAGGCACGUUAUAAUUCAUGAUAAUUAUAUCACAGGUUUUGAGAAGAAGAUAACCCGAGAGUAUGGGCUAUGGUUGGUCGAUGAUCAUGCCCUCGAGUCCUCCACUAGGCAGAUUAUGAAAAAAGUUGGAGGAUCUUAUCAUUCCUUCCUGCAGAAACCAAUUACAACCUCAAUGAACAUUGUAAGAGGUGGAGGCUUUACUUAUAUCCCAUGCUUCUAUGGGCUUAGAUGCACAUGGUUCAUUAGCAGCAAGCAAUGCUUAUUUAUUUAUUGUCAAUCUGAGGAUUUUCCCAGAGCUGAUCAAUCAAGUUUUUGUCACAAUAUUUGCUUGAGAUUAUGCAAGUAGAAAUGAACGUCUUUUUGUUGUAUAAAGCAUUAGAAUAGUAUGGUUUGUUGGUUAACAAGUGACUAGCGUUUGUAAUGUAUGCUUUUACAUAGACAGGGCAAAAACAUGGACAGUGAUGACGGAGUGUGUGGGCUGUCCUCCUCCAAUUUUUUUUCUUAAAUGAAUUGCCUGGAAAAUGGGUAUUGCUUCCA